AUGAAAUCCCCUUUUGUCAUAGAGAAUGAACGCAGAACAAAAACAAAUCCAGAUCAAAAUUCGUUGAUUAGCUAUUCUACAACUAAAUCUUAUGCCUCAAGUGUAAAUAUAUUAUUAAUAAAUAGGAACGUAAGACUCAAGUAAAAGUAGCUUGCAAAGUAUUAUGUGAAAUGAGAGAAGAUGAAUCAAGCAAAUUAGCUAUGAAAUUUACUUAACUUAGAAUUGUAUUAGCCACUUAAUCUCUACUUCAUAAAUUAUAAAAGUAUAAAUCUGCUAAACUCUAAACAUACUUUUGGAUUCUAUAAAAAGACAGAAAAACAAUCUAAGCUAAUGGUUUUCUAGAUUUAAAUCAAACAAUAUCUCUUCCUCCUGUUAUAGAAGAUUUAUCUAACAAUUAAAUUAGGUAAUAAAUAUAACCAGAUCAAUACCAAGAAAUUCCUAUUGCUACGGGAAUUGUACUUAAUCAUGUUUUGAAUAAAAUUGUAAACUAACAGUAAAGGUAAGCAUUAAAAAGGAUUAAGUAUUAAUCAAAUUAUUGUAAAGGACUUCUAAAAAUAUCUAACUUUGUCAAAGAAUGUCAAAUAAGGUCUUAAUAUCUAAGUAUUUUAAAUAUAAUGAGAUACCAUCAAAAUAAGAAAAUUUUAAAAACUAGUGUUCUCGAUUAAAAUCAAAUGAUUCAACAAGAAGAUGAAGAAUCAAGUAUUAAUUAAUAAGAAGAAAUGACUUUGAAAGAAUAAUUAGCGAUUAAAUUUGCAAGUACUACAAUGUUAAGUUCAAUAUUAAAUGAAAAAAUAAAAAAACAUUAAUUUUCUUUGUUUUUUAAUAUUGUAAGGGGUCAAUUCUAAAAUAAAUAAUUAAGUUUUUCCUAAACAAAUGAAAUUACAUAGAUAGAGUAAUCAUUUUUAGAACAAAAUCCUAAUCGUAUAGAAAUUGGAACUUAGCGUUUAUAUUCGAUAUUAAAUGAAAAAUUAAAAGAAUAUUUUUUAGAAAUAAAGACUUUUCAAUAAGAAAAUGAAUAGGAAAAUAGAGAUACCGUGAAUACAUUAAUUUCAAAAAAAAGUUCUGAAUAAUCUGAUAAUGAUUCAUAUUAGGACCUUUAUACAUAAAGAAUACUACCUACAUAAUCUAAGUAAUUUGAAUAGGAGACUGAAAAUGGACUUCAAAUUAGUGAAAGAAAUAUGGAAUUCAAAAUGCCUUGUUCUUUGUAACAUAUAACUGACAUUGACGAUUCAACGAAAGAAGGAGAAUAAAAAAAAUAAGAAAGCGAACUGGAAUAAUAAUAAUAAUAACAACAAUAAUAACGUAAAGUUAUUUAAUAGAAAAAUAAGAAUUAAGAUUUAAUAAAGAAUGCAGUGAAAUCUUAUUGUAAUUAAUAAUAAAGAAAACAAAGUUUUUAGGAAACUCCAAGAAUAUCUUAAUGGGAUCAAUCUUAAGUAAAAGAUGUAUAGGAGAAUAAAAAAGAAAUAAAGAGAUUCUAUAUUCAUUAUAUGAUUGGAAUUUGCAUGACUGUUUUGAUCAUUUUGAUUUUAUAAUGA